GGGGGCCGGCGCUGGGCUCCUGAAUAUAUGUACAAAGCACAUAAAUGAGUCUUUCAAAGCUUAGAAUGGGAGCUACAGACUAACACUGCAACAAAGCUAGCAUUUCCUCCAUCCCUCUGAACUGGCAACAUUCUGCAUUACAUCAUCUCUUCACACAGGUAACUGUUGGCUGGACCCAGGGACUGACUUCCCCUCUGUUCAUUAGCUCUAUACUUGCCUUGAUGAAUCACUGUGUUGUUUCCAUUGUUCAUUAUGAUGUCCCUGUACCUUCCCCAUAUUGGACAGAAGUUUAGACAUGUCAUGUUUACCUGCUGUUUUCUUUGUCACUGUUUGUUUUAGCAGGCUGUGUAUGACUGCUUUUUUUUCUUCUUCUUUCAAAUAUGUGUGUGUGUAUAUUUAAUGUGUGUGUGUGUGUAUUUCCACCCCCCUGGGGCAAGCAGAAAAACUACCUAAUUUGCCUAAAGAAAUAUUUUUCAAUAUGAUUAAUUCAUGUUUUAAGUAUGGCAGGGAGAUGAGAUAUGCAAUGGACAUUAUACUAUUAUACUCUGAGAUUCUGUAGGAGCAGGUGAGCUAAUGAGGUAUUUUAUAGAGAAGGGGCAGAAAUAUUGCACUGUAUACAGUAGAAUAAUCUGUGUUAGCAAUGGUGUACAUUCAUGUUAAAUUCCAUUUAAACCACCAUUUUAAUAAUUAUGUAUUUGCAAUUUAUUUGUGCUUAUACCCUAUCUGUUAUGAUUCACUGUGCCCUACCGGUGUAACAAUUGUGAAUUUACCACAUGGAAUCAUAUACCACAAUUAUUAUAUUAGGGACGGUUAUUAUUUAAAUAAUAAUGUUGUGCACUACAGGGUUAAUAUUUUUAUGUUCUGCCUCUUUGAAUUGAAUUAUGUAGAUUAGUAUGCUCUGUAUACCGAUUGUUUUUGUUGAAUCACUGCACUGACUGUUUAUGCACAAUUGUUUUGACUAUAUUUCUGUGUGUGUAUUAUACAUUUGUUUUUGCUGUUGACAUCUAUUUUUGAGCUGUUAAUUAAUCUCUGUACCUGCUCCAUAUAGCUAAAUCUUACUAGUUAACCCUGUAUGACCCAUAACAUAGACAAAAGAGCUUAAAAUAGUUGAAAUACAAUGUGAAUGGUUCCCAGAACCCCUAAAACCAGAGUGUGAAAAUAAUUCCUUACGUAAUGCCUGAAUGCCCAAGAGCCUCCGUGUCCAUCUUCCUUCAUCCUAUGUGCAGGGGUGAAAGGUUAAUAUGCUGGGCAUGCCCUGUAUGUUUUUUUAAACACCUAAUGGAGCUGUUGGUGGGUAGUACAUAUAAUAAUAGCACAGUGGAUUCCCAUGCUCUCUGGCCCCUAAAUAUUGUCUAUCAUUAAACGUUUAAAAACCCCUGGGUCUAAUCUCUUAGCAUGAGAUUAAAGAUAAAAAUGGCUUUUUAUUAAUAUUCUGUUGGCAAAUAGGAAGCAGGGUAGUUUAUUUCUAUAUUGUACAUACAAGGGGAUUGGAGAUUGCCUGACCAAAAAUCUUGGCAUCAUGUGACUUUUCAGUUUCUAUUUGAUAUGCCAAGUUUAGCGUCCAUUGUAAUAUUCUAGAAUAUUGAUUUGUACUGCAUAUCUAUGUAUGAGAUACAAUUGUUGCAGACAACUAGUCUCAUUGUUUUGAGCAGAACAAUUAGAAAGUGUGACACUUGGUCUUCUUUAACUUUUAUUUAUUAUUUAGUGUGUUAUUUUAUCAGACUGUUUUGUUCUUCCUUUGUUUUUUUUUUGGCUUUGCAAAUUAGCUUACCACGGAAUGACUUUAUUUUACAUAAAAUGACAUUUCCCAUGUGGUGGGUGUAACAUAACCUACUCACAACCUACUGCUGCCUGCAGAACAUCGAGUACUUGGAUUUCUUCUCCUUAUAUACAUUAGCCUUUUCCCAAGGCCGCACAAUGUGUCUGCAAGAUGUUUCAGCCUAGAACACAGAUGCUGUACUAACCAAGACCCAACAUAAUCUUUUUUUUUUCUGUCCCUUCUUUGCAUAGUCCCUAACUCUUUGACAACCAUGGCGACCUCAGAGAGUGCGCAGCUGUCUAAGGAAAUAAAGAAGAUGUACAUGGAACUGCCUCAGGGGGAGAAGGUCCAGGCUAUGUACAUAUGGAUUGAUGGAACAGGGGAGGGUCUGCGCUGCAAGACUCGCACGUUGGACUCUGAACCCAAGACUAUUGAAGGUGUGCAUUUCCCCUUCUACCAGCAGAAACCCUUCUCUUUACCCUGUUAAGAAACAUAGCACCCCCUAGUUUCUAUCCUGCACAGAAGCACGAUGUGGAAACCUAACAAUUGACUCAACAGGGUAGCCAGAUUGAGUGAUCUAUGUCAUGCAAAGCGUUGUACCCAAUGAUGCUUUAAGAAGAGAAAAAAAAAAACUAAGUAGAUCAUUUAGUCGAUCUAAUUGGUAGCCAAAUAGACAGUACCCUCUGAAAAAAACGUUUACAAGGAACCAGUCAGAGGAUUUUAUUGCGAAAGAGGAGAAUCGGUUAAAACUGGUUCUGAAAGAAUACAAAUCAAGAUCUCGAAUACUGUAUAUACAUGAUAUCAGAGAAAUAGAAUAUAUAUAUAUAUAUAUAUAUAUAUAUAUAUAUAUAUAUAUAUAUAAACAGAAAUGCAUUGUAUUUUGGCAGGCUUAGCAUACACAAUUCUUUGCUUAAUCUUCUAGCAGGAAAGUAGAAUUUUCUAAUUGAGAGGAGGGUAACUUGUCACAAUAGGAGCAGGACAACCCCUCACACACCUGCUAGCCCUGAAAACCUGAGCUACAAACACUGAGAGAUUUGUUACAACAUAAUUAUACUGCUUAGCAAUUAUUCUGCUGAGCAAAUGAUUUUGUCUAUUAACACUUCUAUUACCAGACAGCAAGCUUAUCCAAUAUAUCAGUUAGACUAUACUGGUUUGCAUUUUAGCGUUACAUCACUAUAUAUAUAUAUUUAUUUACUAUUAGCAUUUACACAGCGCCAACUUAUUCGGCAGCGCUUUACAAAUUUAAGAAUAAAUGAGACAAUUACAAAAUGUUACAGGAAUAAUAGGUUGACAAGGACCCUGCUCAAACAAGCUUUACAAAAAUAUGUAUAUUUUUUAUCAUUAAGGCUCUUAACAUGAUUGCCACUUAAUGCAUAUAUAUUGUAAAAUCAUAUAGUCAUUAAUCUAUAACUACUACUUUAAAUCCAAUAAAAUAUUAAAAGAUACCAUUAAAAAGAAAUAUCUGCUGUGGUCAAGGAUGUGUAGCACCCUACAAUAUGGCUCUAACCUUGUGCAGAUUUGCCUGAAUGGAACUUCGAUGGCUCUAGCACAUAUCAGUCAGAGGGAUCAAACAGUGAUAUGUUCUUGACUCCGGUCGCCAUGUUUAGAGAUCCGUUUCGGAGAGAUCCCAACAAACUGGUGCUCUGUGAAGUCUUGAAAUACAACAAAACUCUAGCAGGUAAGAGAUUAUGAUCCUUUGAAAUAUUAUUCAACAAAUUAUUUUUUUUAAUUAAGAUGGUUAAAGUGAGGUGUAGACGUUUAUUAUCUGUGGAAUUUACUUUAUCAUUGGUCAUUAACAUACUACUGGAUUUUCAAUGGUUUUCAAAUAAGCUAAAGCGACACAUAAGCACAGUAAACAUAUUUAUUGAAUGAAGAGAUGAAGUCUGUAAUAGCCAGAGUAGAAAUGUCUAAUUCAUUACAAAGACAGUCGUUUUGGAAGAAUGUAAGAUCUGGAAUAAGUCUGCCAAGGAAAAUGUAGAACAAUCAUUUUCAUCUCUCUUAAUCUAUAACAGCAGGUGGAGAAUUUGCAUCUUCUAAGAAUUGCAGACCAAAUAAAGGUCUCCAAACCAGAUGAUGACCUCAGUAGUAAUGCUUAGUCCCUGGCUUUCCUGUAAAACCUGUAGGAUUUACUGUUUUACAUAUUCAAUCUACUGUGAGCAAACCAUAACCUAAGAUUCGUAAUUGUAAAUGAGCAUGUCUGAUGUGAUACACAAAUACAUGUAUUUCUAGUUGACUGCAUUAUCCAAGUCCAGUUAAAUCACACAGAAGGGUUAUUUUAUUUUUGUCAAUUAGUAUCCUUAUUGUGCGAAUCAAAAUAUUUUUCCAGAUUAACCAAACAAAUAUAAAAUAAGACCAAUUAAAUUCUUCCAGUUUAGGCAAUUAUCUUAAAGUAGUAUUUACCUGAUCAAUUUAUUGAGCAUUUAAUUAAUGCAGACAGUUAUUACGGUAACUUCUUCAUGACCAAAGUUCCAGGAUAAUCCAUGGUAGAAUGGGAUUAGCCUAGACACUUGUCUUGAAGUGGUUAAUUUGCUUCUCUAAAGGACAAAAUUACUCAAUGGGGUGGCACUAAUUUCUGACUCGGUGAGAAUCGCUUCCCCCGCUGGCAAAAAAGCUGCCAUCCAGCUGGGCUGUAACAGGAUGAAUGUAUGCCUAAUUUGGAUUUUUGAUUUCAAAUGCAAAUUUCUGUAUUAACACCUUGAAUGUUUUUCCAGAAACAAAUUUACGUCACUCAUGUAAACAGAUCAUGGACAUGGUUAAUAAUGAGCAUCCGUGGUUUGGAAUGGAACAAGAGUACACAUUGUUGGGGAUGGAUGGACACCCCUUUGGCUGGCCUUCUAAUGGUUUCCCAGGACCUCAAGGUAUUAACAGUGCCAACACUGUGUUCUUUCUAAUCCCAGACACAAGACACUUUCUUGAUUAGUAUCGCCAUUCUAGGCAGUAGUCACCUGGCACUAACAGUGUAAUGGAAUUCAGUUUAAUUGUGAAAUAUGGGCAGACUUUGUGGGCCAAUUGAUUCUUAUCUUCCAUUACAACUAAUGUUUCUUUGUUAACUUUAAUGUCAGAGAUGUAUAUUCAAAGCAGGACAAGGCCUGCGGAACCUCACACAAAUAAUACAUAUUUGUGAAAGCUGGUUUAUUAUAAUUUAUAUGACUAUAACAGCCAAGAUAAUCACCUUAACCUCUUAAGGACACAUGACAUGUGUGACAUGUCAUGAUUCCCUUUUAUUCCAGAUGUUUAGUCCCUAAGGGGUUAAAGUGAGUUCAAAAUGGAAAUAAAUUUAGUUUUCAGGCAAUAAAGAAAUCAUUUUUAUUAUCAUUGCUUCAAUAAAGUACAAUCUGAAACUGUACAAAAUUAUACAAUUCAAAAUCAACAAUUUUAAAUGGACAAAGAGGGGCACUUUCAUUUUAUGGGUGUUUGGAGACAUGACCAGAGGAAGGGGUAUUCUGAGAAAUCUUGGCUUACUAAUAGUUUUUGCAACUAAAAUGUACUUUAUAACAAUUAUAAUUAUUUACGCAGACUGAUUUCUAAACAUAUUAUUGUAGCUUAAGGACUCAUUACUAUGACAGAGUAUUUUGGCCAAAAAUAGGAACUACCCUCCUAAAUAGGGACAGUUGCGCAGUAUUGUAAAUUUAGGCAUGGGGUGCAAGGUGGGCUUUGUAUUGAUAAUAUAGGCUACAUACAAAUGUAAAACUAGCACAAAUGUUUUCCACCCAUCUAAAAAAAUGUCUUUAGCUAUAGAAAUGUAGACAGAUAAAGUGUAAUGCACAUAAUACACCCAAAAUAUAUUCAUUGAAGGGACCUCAUGGUUUUACAAUAUCCUAUUCAUAUAUCAGAUACGCUGAGUAAAAUCUAAAGUCAAGCACCCAUAGGCAUGUACAAGGGCUGUGCAAUGUGUACCCAAGAUUACUGUAAUGCCGCACCAAAUUGUCCUCCCUGUCCUUCAAUUUAGGUCUCCACGUUGAAGCAAUCAAUCACGUCUAAUUUUGUGAACACAUACGUAUUACUAGAGUAUAAAUGUGUAUUUUUAUUUUUAAUGAUACAUUUGAUGGCAUUUUCUCUAUACCAUAAUUCAAUGUGCAAUGAACACCAAUGCAAAGCCUAAAGUUUCAUAUUAGAAUAAUUUAUCCCUAUUCAUUGAGUUCUGCAGUUCUGUAAAGUUCCACAAGCUCUACUAUCUACUAUUAUAUUCUAUCUAAGUUGUGUCUUUGCUAAAGCUCAUUUGUUGUAUUGUUUAACCUUUUACCUCAUUCUCUGGUUGUUUCCAGGUCCAUAUUACUGUGGGGUUGGUUCAGAUAAAGCCUAUGGCCGAGACAUUGUGGAAGCUCAUUAUCGAGCAUGCCUGUACGCUGGUGUGAAGAUCGCCGGAACAAAUGCCGAAGUUAUGCCAGCACAGGUAAUUAUUCCAAAUAUAGUAUAAUCUAGUUCAAUACCACCUCCUACUAGAUGUUUAAAUGAAGAUUUGAGCAGAGAAGACUUUCCAUGUUGAUGGAGUUCAUGUAGUAAUCAUCUGGAAGAUGAACUAAACUAUGUUUGUUCAAUUGACAGUGGGAGUUCCAGGUAGGACCAUGUGAAGGCAUCGAUAUGGGAGACCACCUGUGGAUAUCCCGUUUUAUUCUGCAUCGUGUAUGUGAAGACUUUGGCAUUGUUGUCUCAUUUGACCCCAAACCUAUCACUGGAAACUGGAAUGGAGCUGGGUGCCACACAAAUUUUAGUACCAAGUCUAUGCGUGAGGAAGGAGGCAUCAAGUAAGUACAAUCAAUGUAGCAAAUAUGUCUUAGUAAUAGAAUUACAGUUAAAGUCUAAAAUUGGAUUGUAUUUGCUGAGAGGUGGGGAUGGGGCUUUCAGACAUCAACAUUACAUGGAACAUUGCUAAAGAAAAAGGCUGUGAACUAUGUUCCAUGUAAGUAUUUUCCAAAAAUCGUCCAAGAGCUAAAACAUUUAAGAAACUAAUCGUAUUAAAUAUGUUCCUGCAGUUUGAAAUAAGAACAUUGAUUGUGAAUUUAAAGAUUCCUGUGUAAACUCUAAUUGUGAUAAAACUAUGAUAAAAUAAAAUGUCUUUGAGGGAAUAAUGGUUUUCAAAUAGGUUAUAGGAAGGGUAUCACAGGGCAUGAUAUUCUGGUAAAUUUUAUGGGAAUCAGUUGGAAUAUGAAAAAAAUUAACUACAAACUUUGAGUGUUUAGGUAAAUCGCAUAUUAGAAAUUAGGAAACCGAAAAUAAAUCUGAGAAACAAAAUAACUGUAUUGACUGCAAUGUUUUCCAGGCAUAUAGAAGAGUCCAUUGAACGUCUAGGCAAACGUCAUGAGUAUCACAUCCGAAGCUAUGACCCCAAGGGAGGUUCAGACAAUGCACGUCGCCUCACUGGCUUCCAUGAGACCUCCAAUAUUCAUGAGUUUUCUGCAGGUGUAGCAAACCGUGGAGCAAGUAUUCGGAUCCCACGCACCGUAGGGCAAGAGGGGAAAGGCUACUUUGAAGACCGUCGUCCUUCGGCCAACUGUGAUCCCUAUGCUGUUACAGAGGCAUUGAUCCGGACCUGCCUGCUGAAAGAAACUGGAGAGGAACCUCAUGAAUACAAGAACUAAAGUAGACAGCUUGCCAUCUCUGGCUGUUGUACUGCCAUUACACUUGAUCUUUUUAGCCAGUUCUGUUUCUGUUCUUCAAAUCUGUCUUGAAGCACUGUCUAUAUCAUGUCUUUCCAAGUCCAGAAAAUGCCACUUUUUAUAGUAGAAUUGUGUAGAACAACUGCCCAUAUCUCUCAUUAACUGUAUGUACUGUAUGUCUAUAUUCUUUGCAAUCCCUGCAACUUUUUGAUUGCAAACACAGUUAAGAUAGAUAUCGGAUGUAGAAACUCCAACUGAUGUUUACACAAAAUAUGUAAUAUAUGGCAACAAGUUAAAGGGGACAAGGCUAUAACAGAGCCCAGUAUCCGAGAACACUCACUUUCUCCACAAUAUUUUAGGGCUAAUAAAAUAUAAACAAAUUAUAUUACGAUAGGAACAGGACUGGCCAUAGCACUUUCCUGCAAGAGAUAAUUUUUGUGAACUUAAAAACAAGGGAACCUGUUCAAGCAGAUAGCAUAUAGCUAUCUAUGGCAGGAAAGGAUGUUAGGUGUUUUUGUUGGUUAAUUUAAUAUAAAUAUGAAAUCUUAAUGGGCAUGGGCACCAGCAUUAAAUCAACUAGAAAAUUCAAACAUAAUGUGAUUUUAAAUUUUUUUUUAUUUUGUUUCUGAGUACAACAGUACGCCUAUAUGACCGAUGCAUAGGUCAUAAUCUAUUGUUAGUCUCAAAUGGUGAAAUAGGGAGUUGGGUGGAAAAUAGGUUUAUAGGUAUCUGGGAUGAGAUCCUCCGCUCAUUUUCAGUAAAUAACCACUAACAAGGAGGGAGAAUGAACUUCAUCCAACUGUUUGUCAGGUACUUCCAGUAAUCCUACUUUUUCCAGGGCCUAUUCUUCUGCCCAGCUGUGACCUAUUGUGAGCUUUCAAGUGAACCACGGCUCAUUUUUAGUGUUUUGUCAGAUGCUGUUUAGUCUCUAAAGCACUUGUUAAAUGAAAAUCCCUGUUUUUAUUUGGGUCCAUUUAUGUAGUCAUUUUUUAUAUUUAUAUGUAAAUGUAGUCUUUUAAGCAAUGGUUACAUUAUGUCAGUGUUUUUGGAAUAAUUAAAACUGUGCAUGUCAGUGCUAAACUACUUAGAAAGAUGGAAUACUGAAUUUAUACUUUAGCAUAAAAUCUGACAAGAUCCCAAUCAUUUUAGAACAGCAAAAAAAAAAACAAAAAAAACAAGCAACACCGUAGUCCACAUCUUUUCAUCAGAACAUCUUAAGAGCAAGUCUUCAAAAAGCAAAGAAUUAUAGAUAGUUGCGUCAUGUGCUGCAACUCCACCAGCACUGUGGAAAACAAUUAAAUGCUUCUAAACCAUCAACAAAGAUGGAUUGACAAAUAAUGUUUUAUUCUUGAAAAACUUCCAGAACUGACUACUCUAGAAAGUUCUCACUAUGCAUUGAUCUCCAAAAUUCCAAAAUUAUUGCUCCCAAUAAAAAAGUUAGUGAUAGCAUCACUUAUUUUUCUUAAAUGUUUGUGAAAACCAAGCUAUAUAUGUUUUUUCAACAGGGAUAUAAAUUGUAAACUUAAAAAUGCUUUAUCAUAUCCAGGCACACUUUAGAUUUUCACUCAACGGCAUUAAGGCAGGUACUCUUUAUGAGUCAUCUUGCCAUGUUUUGGAAUUUCUCAGUUAUUUGUUACUUAAACUCUACGUGUCCUGUCAUUUUUUGUAAGGGAGAUAUUUUGGGGAAACGGGAUGUCUGUAUGUUACAUUUUUUCUUAUACAAUGCCUGAGUAUAUUUGGUGUAUUAAGAGGCUCAUCCGAAAGUUUUUAUUAGUGGGGGGAAGGGGCAAGGAGAUGAGCUGAUAUUUAAGCUUUUCCGUUUAAUAGAUUACGGACUCCAUGCCAUUAUUCAGGUAGCAAACACUCAUAAUUAAUGUUACCAUUAAAUGAUAACAUUUUAUCAAUCCUUAUUUGUAAUAUUAAAUAAACAAAUAAAAAAUGAUGCAGUCAAAAAUAACUUCAUCCCUUCCCCUUUUCUUUCUGGGUUUGCCUCUGGUGUUAAUAGCAGGUUAGGACCUACUGCUUCUAACUGGCUUCUCAAUCUGACAUAGUUUGGUUUUUAAAAUAGAUUUUGUUUUUCUUUUUAUAAUAAAAAAAACUAAAUCUGAACAUUUUGUGUGUGUGUUGAUUUUAAAGUG